GCGAGGGGCUGGCCGAGGGGCGGCCGGGGGGAGGGCAGAGCCGAGCCGAGCCGUGCCGAGCCGCCCAGAGCCGCGGAGCCGCGACGGGACACCACAUGCGGUCCUGAGCCGCGCCGGACCGCGCUGACCGAGCCGAGCGGAGCCGCCCCAGCCCAGCAUGGCACCCUGGCUCUGGCCGUGCCUUCUGGCCGCGCAGGCCCUGGCCGCCAACUUCCCCCCCCGGUACAGCCUCUACACCGGCGGGGCCGCCCCGCUCGCCCCCGGCCCGGCCGCGGCCCACAGCGGUGCCCGGGCCGCCAGCCGGCACAGGAACUGGUGUGCCUACGUGGUGACACGCAGCGUGAGCUGCGUGGUGGAGGAUGGCGUCGAGAGCUUCAUCAAGCCAGACUACCAGCCCUGCGCCUGGGGGCAGCUCCAGUGCCCCCGAGUCCUGGCGUACCGCAGCUUCCUCCGGCCCCGCUACAAGGUGUCCCAGCGCACGGUGUCCGAGCUGGCCUGGCGCUGCUGCCAGGGCUACUCGGGGCCGGACUGCAGCGAGGGGCCCGCUCCAGCAUCCCCCCAGCCCACCGGCCGCCCCCCGCCCCGGCCCGGCCGCCCCACGCUCUCUGGCUUCGGCAACCCCCUCAGUGGCCUGGGGGGCGAAGGCGGCGGAGACUCGGAGAAGGUGCGGCGGCUGGAGGAGCAGGUGCGGCGGCUGAGCGAGCAGCUGGAGGAGCUGCGGGCCGGGCAGGAGCCGCCGCGGGCGGCUGUGGAGGGGCAGCCCGGGGGCGAGCAGCCGGCUGACGCGGCCGCCCCCGCCGAAGUGCGGGAGGCGCUGAGCCACCUUCAGCGGCGCCUGGAGGAGCUGGAGACCCGCCUGCACCGCACCGAGGGCGGCCGGGACGGCCCAGGGGCUCCGGGGGGCCCGGGGACGGCGGCACUGUACGAGCUGGAGCAGCGGCUGCAGGAGCUGUGCGCUGCCUGCACCACCGGCACCGAGGGGCUGCGGCGGCAGGCGGCCGAGGACCGCGAGCGGAUGCGGGCGCUGGAGAAGCUGGUGGGCUCGGUGGACAAGCGCAACAGGGAUGCGGUGGAGUCGGUGCAGAGGCACAUCAGCAGCCUGAGCAGCCGCCUGGCCCCCGUCCCGGCGGCUCCCCCGUCCCCGGACGUGCUCCGUCGCCUGGCCGAGCUAGAGCGGCGGCUGGAGGGGCUGCCGGUGCCGGCAGCGGGGCCGGGGCAGGGACCGGUGCUGGCGCGGCGGCUGGCCGAGCUGGAGGGGCGGCUGAACGCUUCGCGCGCCGGCCCGUGGCCCUCCGAGCCCGAGGGGCGGCCGGCUGGGCUGCCGGGGCGCCUGGCCAACCUCAGCCGGGCCGUGGAGGGGCUGGCGGCGAGCGGGGCGCAGCGCGGUGCCCGCCUGGACCAGCUCGAGGGGCUGCUGGCCCGCUGCGGCCCCCCGUGCCCGGGGCAGGACGGGGCGCUCGGCCCCCACCUCCGGCAGCCAGGGGACACCGAGGGUCUCUGGGAGGACGGGCUGACCGGGACCCUGGGAGUGCUGCAGGGAGAGGCGCUGGCCGAGGAGCUGGAGCAGCUCCGCAACCGGACAGGGCGGCUGGAGGCGGCCCUGGAGGAGCUGGGCGGCGACCCCUGCGCCCGGCCGUGCGCCUCGCCGUCCCCCGGGGAGCCGGAGCAGCUCCCGCCCGGCCCCGCGGAGCCGGAGGAGCCGGAGGCACCGCUGGAGGGCUUCGGCGUCUUCGGGGGCCCGUCCCCGUCGGAGCUGCGGGUGCUGCGGGGGGAGCUGACGGCGGCGCUGGCGGCCCUGAGCGGGCUCAACGCCACGGUGGAGGGGCUGCAGGACGCGCUGGAGGAGCAGGACGCCCGGCAGCGCCAGCUGAGCGCCGCCACCGACCGCGUGGUGGCCGAGCUGGACCAGGCGGCGGCGGCGUCGGCGGCGCGACAGGCGGAGAGCGAGGAGCGGCUGGAGGCGCUGGCGCGGGAGCUGUCGCGGGCCGGGGGCUGCCCCGCGGGGCUGGAGCCACGCGUGGCCAAGCUGGAGGGGGUCUGCGAGCAGCUGGAGGCGGUGGCCGGGGGGCUGCGGGGCGUCCGCGAGGGGCUGGGCCGGCACGUGGCCGGGCUGUGGGGCGCCGUGCGGGACCUGAACGCCACGGCCCGCGGGCAGGCCGCCCUGCUGGACAAGGCGCUGGAGCUGCCAGCCCGGCUCGGCGCCCUCAACGCCAGCCUGGGCCACCUGCGCGGGGAGCUGCAGCGCCUGGCACGGCUGGAGCGACACGGUGCGGGGACGCGGGGGACGCCGGGGGGACGGGGGGGGACGUGGGGCACUGCGGGGGCUGCGGGGCUGCUGGGCCGCAGAGGGUACCAGGGGCAGAGGGGGCGAGGGAAGGGGGCGCAGGGUGCCUCACGCUGCCCCGUGCCAGGCGCGGUCGGGGAGCCGGGCUCGGUGCCCCGCGUCGCCUUCUCGGCCGCCCUGAGCACGCAGCGCACGGAGCCAGGCACCGUCCCCUUCGACCAGGUGCUGCUCAACGACGGCGGCGCCUACGACCCCGAGACAGGCACGUUCACGGCGCCGGUGCCCGGGCGGUACCUGGUGAGCGCGGUGCUCACGGGGCACCGGGGCGAGGCGCUGGAGGCCGUCCUGUCCCGCUCCGGCCACGGCAUCGCCCGCCUGGACUCGGCCGGCUUCCAGCCCGAGGGGCUGGAGAAGGGGCCGGUGGCGGCGCGGGGCCCCAGCCCCGGUGCCCUCGGCGUGUUCAGCCUGCUGCUGCCGCUGGCGGCCGGCGAGACGCUCUGCGUGGACCUGGUGUCGGGGCGCCUGGCGCACGCCCCCGACGAGCCCCUCACCACCUUCAGCGCCGCGCUGCUCUACGACUCCGAGGAGCCCUAGAGCCGCCGGGGGCACGGCCGGCCCCGCCGGGACCCCCGCCCCACCCCGUUAUUUAU